AUGGCCUCGGCGGACCACGACGAGUACGUGAUCACUUUGGACGAACCGGGACCUGUGCCCGUGCUCCGCAUGGCGCAGCUUUCAUCCCUCGGGGACGACGCUUACGAGAAAGUUGCGCAGCAGGUGGCGUCUUUUCUAUCCGGAGGCACUGUGUCGUUGAGCAAAACGGAACUGACGGACUUGCGGCUAGACGAAGGAAUCGUACGGAACACUCUGUCGUUUCGACUGGAUCCGGAGAGUGAAGACGCAGACGAAGUAGACGUCAUUACGCCUAUCAAGAAAGUCCGUGUGCUGUCUGGGAGCGUAGGCCCCGACCAGUGGCUGGCCACGUUGCGGAGUUCUCUCGACGGUGCUGCCGGCCUGACCCUUUCGAACGAAACAAAAAUACUCGCCUUCAACAAAGCAAGGAUCAACCACGCUUUCACUAUGCUCGAAGACCUGCCGAUCGACGUGGCUCUAAACGUGACUGGCUGGAUGUUUGCUUACAUCUACGGGUGGACAAUGGGUUCCCGUUUUGACGACUUCAAUUCUGGGCAUAAGGACACCGAAAAGCUCACCACCAGGACUCUCUGCUUUCUAGCUGUGCAUGAAAUGCACGGCCUUGCUGUUGUAGCUGCUUACAUUUCCAAACUUUUCAGCGAGUCACAACGCGGCGGUGUUACGCAGAUCUUCAGUUCUAUUGCUAACGCUUUAGUUGUGGCCAUCAAAAGCGCAAGCAGUCUCACUUCACCGACAAAGAUUAGGGCAGAGGCCAAAAUUGUAGACGAGCUAAGCAAUCACAUUUGGCCUCCCGAACCGUUCUUCCGUGAGAACUUGGUGAACGAGAUCUACACAGCAUUUCCUGCAGAAGGCACGUCGUUAUUUUCUCUGCGGCUUCAAACGAUGAAAGUGCUCCAGGAGUCACGGACCAACCAGUACUACUACAGUCUCAUGACGAAGCGCGUCCGCUCGUACGCUCGCAGCGUUCGCUACCUAUACAGCCGCAACACUCUUGAACUCGGAGUGUGGGCCCUCCUAGCCCCUUCCUAUAUGAGGGAUGGCUCCCGUCUCAUGGCGUUCAGCGGUCUCGGUUUCGAGAUGGCCCGUGCACUUGUUCGUGCGUUUGACGAGCGUGGCAGAAUGCUGGACGGAAAAGGUCAGCCAGAUACGAGGUGGCGCCAGAAGUUCAAGUGCUGGCUGAACGAUGCGAACAACAGACGCGAUAAGCGCGCUCUCGCAGAUCUGUUCGCACUGAACGUGACUUUGCGAGCGUUCGCCGACGCCACCGCGGGUGUGCAUAGCUAUCCCAAGCUUCGGUUCCUGGAGUCGUUGAGCGAAGACCAAACGUUUUUCGUGAGUUUCUGCAGCCAUUUCUGCGGCGACAGGGAGCGGGCUGAACUCUGCAAUCUGGCCACAAGGGCUGCGCAGUUUCGCAAGGCAUUCCGCUGUGAAGAUCGCAGGGAGAGCAAGACAGAGUGCGAGUUCAUCUGAAUGUUCGCAAGUCACCGAUGUUUAAUGCUUGUUCUUGGAAUGGACCAUGCCACUAUGCACAAACUCUGAGCGAUUGAUGAUGCUCAUGAAAAUGCGUCUCAGAAUAAAUUAGCCGACCUAGGAAAGU